AUGCGUCGCAGUGCUCGUCUUUCAAAAACACCAGUGCCCUCUCUAAAAGAAGAUGAUUCCGAUGGCUCUCCGCCACCACCACCGGCUAAAAAAGCGAAGAGGAUCAAACAGAAAUCGAGUCCUGUGAUCAAGGCAGAAUCGAAUGAAUCACACUUUCAUUCAGCUCCACCAAAUUGGAAAAUCGUCUAUGACAGUAUCCGUGACUACCGUGAUACACAUGAAGCCCCCGUCGAUACCAUGGGUUGUGCAAAGCUUGCAGCCACCAAUGUCAGUGACAAGGUAGCCCGGUUUCAAACACUGGUAUCUCUGAUGCUGUCUUCGCAGACAAAAGACACUGUCACAAGUGCAGCCGUAAAGACGUUGCAAAGAGAUCUACCAGGAGGGCUCAAUCUUGAAGGCAUUCUCGCUGUUGAUGAACAAGCCCUCGACCAGUACAUCAAAUCUGUAGGCUAUCAUUCUAAAAAAGCAAACUAUAUCAAGAGAACGGCAGUUAUUUUACGCGAUCAAUUUAAUGGCGACAUUCCCGACAGCAUUGAAGGCUUGAUGAGCUUACCAGGUGUAGGCCCAAAAAUGGGUUACUUGGCCUUGCAGCAAGCAUGGAAAAAAAACGAUGGCAUUGGCGUCGAUAUCCAUGUGCAUCGUAUUACUAAUCGAUUAGGAUGGUGUAAAACGGCCGAUGGACAACCGGAAGAUACACGCAAGAGCCUUGAAAAAUGGUUACCGAAAGAAUACUGGCAACCGAUCAAUCCGCUUUUAGUGGGGUUUGGUCAAAUCACUUGUUUACCACGAGGACCGCGUUGUGCCGAAUGCCCGGUCAAUCAAUAUUGUCCGUCGGUGGAGAUAAAGAAGGUGAAGCAAAAGAAAGUCGUGGCAAAAGCAGAAGAGCAAUGGGUUCCUUUUGGCGAUGACUUGGAGGAGGAGAAACACAUCGUUGUAAAGAAAGAAGAACAAGUUACAACAGGACUUACUUCCGAAUUCUUUGCUGAUCAUGAUCCAGUGGUGGACAAAGUACCCCUGAAAAACGAAGAUAAACCGUCCCUGGAUUGGUAA